GCCGAUCUGUAUUGUUCAAUUGAAAAGCUUCCAUGGUGAUGGUAUCGGUAAUGAAUAUACAAUUAUAACUAUGAAUUUGAAGGAUCUGCUUGAGGAAGAGAAACGUGUAGUUAUUAAUCCAUUACAAGAUGAAAAUCCUCCAUUGCUAGUAGUCAUUACCGAAGGAAGUACAACCUUGGCUCGUGCACUGAUAUAUAGAAUUUUAAUCGAUGAGACUUUUGGUCCAAAUCAAUCAAUACACUUUAUUCUUUAUGAUAGUCUAAAUUUUUUAGCAUUUCUGGAAAGUACAGCAAUCGAAAUAACGGCUUGCGCUCCGAAUCUUCUAGAAGGUAUAAGUUAUUCGGCUGAUUCAUCGAUCGCUUUCAAAGACGCUGACGUCGUGUUCUCAAUUGGUCGUGCAAGAGGUUACGAAUUUACAAAAAAUGAACGUCGAGAAUCUUUUUUUGAAGAAUAUAUACACGUUGCUAAGAUUCAUGGCGAAGCUAUAGAACGAUUUUCCAAAAAGGAUGUGAAGAUCAUCACUUUGGGAUACACAGCAGCCAGAAUCAUCUUACAAUUUGCUAAGUCGAUACCACCGGAAAAUAUAACGGCUUUGUCACUUCUUACACUAAAAAUAACCGCGGCACUUAUCGCUGCCAAAGCUAAUCGCCAUCCGAGCGAAGUGAUCAAUCUUAUAACCUGGGGCGUUAAUGGGGAAAAUUCUCUACCGGAUUAUAGAUAUGCGAAAUUUCGUGAUGGGAAAUUUGUGGAGGAGGAAAUUAAAAAUGAUGUUUGGUUGAAGAAAAAUUUAAUUAAAGGUGUUCGGAGUGCCUCUGGUAGAUCUUGGUACAGUAGAUCAUCCGCCUACGCAUUGGCGGAUCAUUGCAAAUUACUAUGGAACGAUACACCCAAAGGAGAAUGGACAUGCAUGGCAAUUUAUUCAGACAACUCUUAUGGUGUACCUACGGGAAUAUUUUUUUCAUUCCCCGUAUACUGUCAAAAUCGAAAAUACAAAAUUGUUCAGGGGUUGGACGUGAGUGAAAAUCUAAAAAAGUAUAUGAAAGAAACUGCAAGAAUUAUCAACGAAGAAAGCAGCAUAGCUUUGAACGCACAUCGUUGACAAAAAUGAAGAACAAGAAUCGUUCAUAGUAACAACGAUUUUAU